GUGAUGGCUGGUGGCUCUACGAAUGGUGGUGGCUUUGCUUCUUCAGUUUGUUUACCCUUAUGUACUGGCUCUCUACUCGACUACUUAUGGUGGACUUGGUGGUGGAUCUCAUUGCUCUAUAUGUAAAUUGUAAGUUUCCAAAAGAUUGAAAAAAAAAUAAAAUUGCACGCCAAAAAUGCAAAGCGCGGCCUUCCCUACCCUUUCCUGUUCCUUAUUUUUCUAUUGUUUUUGUCUUGUUCGUUCUUUUUCAUUUUUCUA